AAAUUGAAGAAAAUCUAGUUGGCUGCACUUGACAAAAUUUCUUAUAUAAGAAACAGUCAAUUUGCAAAACUAAUUUCUAACACAGAAAUUAAGUAACGAUUAAAACAUGUUGUCCCUUGGGAUGAAAAUUGCUAAAAAUGUAGCAUUUAAAAAUAGUCAACAAAUUGUCCGUCAUUCAUCUGCAUGGGUUUAUCGCUCAGGACCAAAACCAUUACCAAAAUCCACUUACUUCGUUGCAGAUUUUGUUGGUGCAACUAUGUGGUGGUGGAUUUUAUGGCAUUUAUUUACAGAACCUGAACACAUAACGUUUCUUAAGGUUCCAGUUGGAGGAGAUAGAUUUAACAUCAAAAUAAUCUCAAAAAAAAUUGAUAAAGACGAAACUGUAAAAUUUAAUCAACUUCGUACAUUUUUUUGGAGUAACAACAACCAGGGUUCGCACACUUGAGCUUUGGAUACUGUGUCCAACAUCUCAACUGGUUGGAUUGCUAUUGUAUAUUUUAUAUAUUUUUGAUACCUGUGUAGUAUCUGUA